GGCUUUAGGUUGUAGGAUGACCAUAUUGUUUGAUGGCAUAUCCCGAAUUCUCUCCCAACGUUGCUCUUAAUUAGGGUUCCUUUCUAAUCAUCUCUAUCCCUCUUCAAAAAAAAGAUGCUCUCGCUGCGAGAGCUCCGAACCCUAGCAAACCCUAGCCGCUUUGGCUUAGGGCUCCAUCAAUGGCGUACGGUGCCGACGUCAAGCAGAUCACCCCUUUCUGCCUCUCGCUUUCUCUUUGCAGCAAGCCAAGGUCGAGUUUAUUCGGCAAGUUUUCAAUCGGAGUUCCCUCUUGCUGAGGGGACAUACUCGGAUUUCACCCCCACUGCGUCGCACCAGAAUGGAUUCGAAGUGAAGGGUGGUUUCGCCAUCGCCGGCCUCCCAUCUACGGAGAUUUCGAAUUGGUUUCGACGGCGAAGAGGUGGCUCUAUGCUUUCGGGAAUGAGUCGAGAUCUUUGGGAUCCGAGUCGGCCUCGAAGGUUGGGUGUGGGACGCCGAGUGAGGCAGCAUGCGAUGGUUGUUUCCUGGGUUUGGUUGAGGGGAAUGGCAGCGAUGUGGAGUGGUGGCGAAACAGAUCGGUGGUUCUUGACCUUGGGCCAGAAUCAACAUGUUCAUGCCGGAGGUCCAAAAACAAGGCGCGGAGGUGGGCUUUGGGUGCUCUGGGCAAUGGGUGUGGUGAACUAUGUCGCUACACACUAUAAUGGUUGUACAGCGGUGGACAUGGCGGUGGUCGGCAUGGCCGGGAUCGCUAGUGCUGCAAAUGGAUGGGUACUCACCCCGUGGUGGGUGCCCAGAUCAGUUGGGUGGCCCAAGUCCCAGUGGAGGCCCAACCCAGAAGGGAUACCCAGAUCUGAUAGGUUAAUGGGUGUGAAGUGGGUGUCCAAAGCAUCUUGGAACGUGGGGACCAAACUAAUGAACUCAGGUUCUAUGGGGUUUCGUAUUUGGGAUCCCGGAGGAUUAAUCAGAAUCACUACGCUUAUGUUUAUCAUAGGUGCUUCGAGCUUAGAUACUAUGGGGUUAGUUUUACACCAAGUAAAUGAAUCUUCUGGAGUACCACAAUUGCGUGCAUUGGCAAAGGAGGAUUCAAACUAUUUUAUUUUCUGUGAAACGACUUUACAUAGUCAUAUAGGCUCUUUGAAUAAUUGAGCAAGAUUUGUCACAGUGAAUGGUACCGGGUGUCCAUAUGGACCGUUUGUAUGUGCCGUUCUGGCCGUUCAAUCAAUGGAAUUCAUUUGAACUCAAAAAAAAAAAAACUAGGCU